CCCCGCUUCCGCUUCCGGGUCGCGGCGGCGGCGGCUCUGGGUGCUGCUCCGGGUUACGGCCAUGGCGGCGGAGCAGGGCGGCGAGGAGCGGCUGGGUGCCGCGGCGGCGGCCCGCCCGGCUCCGGAGCCCAGGUUUGUGUACGAAAACAAGAACAUGUCUUCUAAAGUCUAUGUCUUGCAGCCUUGGAUUGCAAAUCUCUUGAUGAAUUAUGAGCAGCUGGAUGCCAAUGAGAAUCUCCUGGCAGGGCAGGUCCUCCGGGUUUUGAGUGACCCAAGUGCUCCAGGCCAAGCCGAGGUGCUCCAAGAUGCUGUCCUGCAGGUCUCAGAUGGGUCCUACCACAUCCGCGUGGUCAUUACGUCAGAAGCUCUGCAGGCCGAAGAAAAUUCCCACAUGCAGCUCAGGCUUUCCAGCCUUAUUUGCAGAAUUAUCGUCCUGCAGAAGUACACGGUGUGUUUCCGGGAGGAGGCCAGGCUGGAGGACUGCGAGUUUUUUCUCACUGCCCAGCGGUUCAUUGUGCUGCCCAUGGAAAGGCAGAGGUUGGAGUCGUCAGAUGGGAACCAGGAGCCCUCGGUGCUACGGAAGAUAAAGGAGCUGUGGCUGAGGAGUCUCUCUCUGAAGAGCGACCCCAGCUCAGAGCCAUCCAUCUCUCAGCUGAUUGAUGCGAUAGGGCAGAACCAGCUUGAGGUUCUGAAGCAAAAUGCUGAGGAAUGCUUGGAUUUACAGACGCCCAAAGAGCUGCCAACAGCAGAGAAGGUCAAGCUUCUUGUGACCCAGUGGGAGGCAGAGCGCAAGAAAGAGCCAAGCGAGGAUGUCUUCAUGGUCCCAGCCAACAUCCUGGUGAUCCCUCCUGAAGAGGAGGCAGUUUGCGAUGCCUCCAAGGCAGAUGCGUGUGAAAUGACUCCUGGAAAGAGCAAUGAUGACAGGAUGGUGCCAGAUGACCAGAGUGUCAUAUCCCAAGUCAGCCCUGUGGAGUCAACAGCAUUGUCACAGAGCUCAGAGGUAUCUCUGGACGACCCCUGGGACAGGCUUCCUCCAAUGUCCUUGACUCUGACCUCCUCAGAAGAGAAAUCCUUUCAGCAUGGCUCUCCACAUGCGCCAGAGGCCCAGCUGAACGUGGCUGCUGACAGCAACACCCCUGACUUGUUGGAAUCGUCUAGCCAGGAUUCUCCCCAGAGCUUGCUGCAGGAUGCCCCAGUGGAGACUUCAUCCCCCUCGCUCCUCCACUCGUACGCCAGUACCAGCGCUGUGGAAGCUGGCACGUCUCUGGCAACAUCAGCUGCAGAGGCAGCCUGCAGAGCCCCCUCUGCUGCUCAAGGCCCACAAGUAUUGGCGUGCUCACAGGCCAACCAGUUGUCUCUCUCUCCAACUUUUCCUGUCCUGCCCAGCAGCCGCUUGGCAUCCCUAACUGAAGGGGCACCUCACAGAGAGCAGGCGGACUCCAGUGGCACAGCUUUCCCUCCACAUGUGACAGAAGUUGGCCUGGCUCAUGCUAGGACUCAGGGGGGAGAAGCCCCAUGUGGCAGCAGAAAGUCUGUGGGCGCCAAGAGGAAGCUGUUGGUGGGAGACAGCCAAGCGCUGCCUGACCUGUGUAGGUCCCUCCGGGGACUGCAGCACAAGCAGCAUGCCAGUGGUGUCCCCCAGGGCAGUGAGAGAGACAUGAGCAGGGAGCUGGAGUUUGUGAGCACCCAGGGAGCAAAGAAGAGCAGAAGAGAGGAGACCAGGCUGCAGCGUGGAGAGGAACCCCCUGAGGAGGAGGAUGAGCAGGCAUCCUCAGCGAGUGGCCUGGACUCCAGGCUGGAGCAGCGUGGAGCUCUGCAGCCGUAUGUGAAGGAGAGGCCGGUCCAGUACAGAUACGAGGCCCCAUCACCUGAGCUCUGCGAGCGAAUAAGAUCUGUCAGGAUCUCGAAGGCAAUGCUGAAGUGGGCCUGCUGGAUCCUCACGGACAGGGAGGUGGAGUCCUGAGCCAAGACCUUGUGGAGCCUGAGUGCGCUACGAGUGGCCUCUUGUCUUACUUGUUUACUGGUUCAUCAAAACAAACUCUAUUUAGAGCUGUGUGGGAAGAGCAAUUGCGGGGGGAGGGGGGAUGUGACCAGAGCCCUUGUCCCUAAGGGGACAGCUGAAUGGUGUUGGCCUGGCUUUGGAGACCCUGGCUCCAGAGGUGCUGGGGACGUGAUCUGUUAGAGGUUAGCACCCUCGUGUUGAGAGCGGGAAGGGAGCUGUGCGGCCAUGCUGCUGGUGAGUGACCCAGUGCACAGCCUAUGUAUGAGCUAGCUGCCUUUUCCCACCUCCUUGGCACACUGUUCCUUCGUGGAGGCAUCACAGUCUACUACAAAUGACCUGGCCUAGCCAGCAGGAAGGGGACUUGUUCUGAUCCCACUGUAGUGUAGGCAGCAGUGACGGCAAAGAUGCAGCCUAGAGGCCCUGCAACCUGAUCCCCCUUCUGAAGUCAGUGCAGUAGUUUGGAGGUUUAUUGAUUGGUUUGGGUAGGAUCCUGUGCCGUUCAUUACAAAAUAUCCUUCAGGGUUAUGGUAUGGAAAUUAAAAAUAAAAAGCAUAUAUUUUUUAAAUACA